ACUCCAACUCCACCUCUCACAAUACAAUAGAAUAAUGUAAUGAUAGAUUAUUUUAUAGCAUUGUGAAUUGUGAGAGAUGGAGUAUAGGUGGAGUAGGAAGAUUGGAUUAGGAGAUCCUCUAAAAAAAAAUGGGGAGUUUUAAUGGUUCUUUAUUGGAAUUUCACAUCGUCCCGUUGGAAUUGAAUAAUCCAAGGGUUAUUUGACGAAGCCAGAUCCCUGUCAUCAGAUCUUCCUCCGAGCAAUCUCUGCCGCCUCUCCUUGCUCAGUUGCUUGCUUGGCUGUUUGCCUUUUUCUUAACGAUGGCUGACGAUGAGCCUGUAGAUCCUAAAAGGGAACUUGAAGACCGAUGCAAGGCUCCAUGCACACGCCCACUUAAAGAAUAUCAGGCAUGUGCUAAAAGAAUUCAAGGUGAUGAAUCUGGACAUAAGCACUGUACCGGACAAUACUUUGACUAUUGGCGUUGCGUUGACAAAUGUGUUGCAACUAAGCUAUUUACUCAUCUUAAAUAACAUAACAGAAGAAUACCCACAUUAGCAUCAUAGAUCCAGAUUAUCAUCUUUUGUUUCAAAAGACCGACACUUGAGUUUUAUUGUGUUCUUGUUGUGAACAAAUGCUAUGCUAGUCCUUGGGCACAUGGAAUUUUGAGUUUCGGAGAAAUAAGAAUUUGGAAUGGUGAUUUA